AUGGAAAAACAGGAACUAAGAACACCAAUAAAAGGUCAGAGCAUCAUGAUAAAUAAUAAACGAAUGGCGUACGAAGAGUUAGAAACUCCUUUGCGGGAGUUAACGCAAGCAAAUUUCAUCUUAACACCGAAGAUAACUGCGCCAGAGUCUCCGUUGUUUAUUAAGCGACUUCGAAUAGAUUCCGAGCCGACUCUCGAUGAUGAAGAAGGGUUUGAACUUAUACUUCCGGAUGAUACAUUAAUCGACUCACCAUGCGCGCGUCGUACUAGUCUACGAAGUGGAAAACCAUCGUCUCUCAGAUGUUUUACUCCCAUCAAAUCGAAUAGCCGAGUUACACCAAUACCUGAUUCAUGGAAAAGAGGUGGCGUACAACCGUCACCAGACUUCUUCGAAGAUUCACUUGAAUCACCAAGCGUAAAUCGGAAUUCUCCAAGUGUCUUUUACAUUUUAAAUGAGGAAGUACCUAGUCUAACUCAAGAUGCACGUCGACAAUUUGAUUCCUUCAAUUCCGAUCCUACAAAUAUUUUCCUCUCAUCAAGCUAUGAUGACGUGCAAUCGACGCUUAAAGGUUCUCUAGUCGAGUCUCCACUCACAAACAGAUCAACGGCACACAAAGAAAAUCUCCUAAGAAGUCCUACACCCAAUACCCCAGUGACGCGUGUUGAAACUACACCAAAUAGGACUCGAGACAAGAACACGAGUUCACCGGAAAUAUGCGACUCUGCGUGGAUUUCAAGACGGCGAAUGAAUCAUACUCCCUUAAUGUUAAGGAAGAUGGCAAAAAUAAUGCAACCCUCACCAGCAAUGGUUAAUGAGUAUACUACGAAGUAUGCGCAUAUGCUUGAUAGAACGUACUUCGAAAAACUAGGUCGAAAUAGUCGAACCUUCCGUCCGCCAGAAUCUUAUAAUUUGUGCAACAAAGAUUACUUCACAGAUCACUUUACCGUUGAAAGUAUUCUAGGGAUUGGUGAAUUCUCAAUUGCAUACAAGGUUACGGAUCGGAAAUCUGGAAUAUUAUACGCAGUCAAAAAGGCCAAAAACCCUUUUAAGUCCAAUGUGGUCAGAUCUGAAUGCUUGGAAGAAGUCGAAAUCAUGUGGAAGCUAGGAAAGCACCCAAACUGUAUUCAAUUAUUUUCCGCCUGGGAGCAGCGCGGUCACCUUCAUCUACAAACAGAACUAUGCGAAAAUGGAUCGCUCGAGUACUUUUUAAAUCAUAAUGCUAAAUUGGAAGAAUCUCAAAUCUGGCGGAUCUUUGCGGACAUUGCAUUCGGUCUUGAGCACAUUCAUGAAUGCAACAUUAUGCAUUUAGAUUUAAAACCCGGAAAUAUUUUCCAAGCUCUGGACGGAACUUUUAAGAUCGGUGAUUUUGGCCUUUCGGCGAGCUGGCCAGCAAAACCUGAUCUCGAUAGACAAGGCGACUGCCGAUACAUUUCCUUAGAAGCUCUUAAUUGUCGUUACGACAAAUCUGCGGAUAUUUACAGUCUCGGUGCAAUUGUGCUAGAAAUGACCGGGAUCAUUUCGCUAAGCAAAAAAACCGCGGAUAGAAUUAGAUUAGGCGAUUUAUCGGGACUCGAAUUCGAGCGUAUAUCGUGCGACAUGUCAUCUUUAUUAAAGGCCAUGUUGCAGGUCGAUCAUAGAGAAAGGCCAAAAAUUCAAAAAAUCGUUAAAAUUCCGAAAAUCCGUAAUCACAGGAGUUGA